CUGGCCCUUUAACACAAGCACGUGGUGUCGACAAACAUCCGGUUUUCACAAAGUGGAAACAAAAUUGCAGCAAUGUUUUGACACACAUCAUUUGACGCACGCAAUGCCACACGUUUCCUGACAUAGUUUCCAUGUUGUUGAAAUGUGAAGAUGGAGGACGGCUGCCUCGUCUCGUGCAGAGAGGACAUCGCGUCGCUGUUCGCUGCGCGAACGCCGGGUGCCAAACACAAAGUAGGCUACUCAGCAGAUGGGGCGUUAAGGGGGCAGUUUUCCGCCGUGAGAAAUGUGCGCGGCGAUGGGAACUGCUUCUACAGAGCCUUCUGCUUCGCACACUUGGAGUCAGUCCUCCACAAUGCCAGGGCUUUGCAGAGAUUCAAGGACAAGAUUAUCCAGAGCAGCAAAGUUCUGGCUUCUGCGGGAUUCGAGGAGAGUUCCUUCAAGCACCACCUGAACACAGUUGUAGACGUCGUGGACCAGUGCCAGGCUGAUGAGCCAGAGAACACAUUGUUCAGGCUCUUCAACGAGCAGGUAACAUCCAACAGCGUGGUGCAGUAUCUCAGGCUGCUCACCUCAGCGCACCUGCAAAACCACGCGCACUUCUUCGGCAACUUUGUGGAAGCGCCUGAUCUGCAAGUCUACUGUCGUCAGGAGGUGGAGACCAUGGCGAUGGAGUGUGACCAUGUGGACAUCUUGGCCCUGUCGCAGGCUUUGGACGUUUGCAUCCACAUUGUCUCCAUGGAGGGAGACGAAGAGCAGCUUGCCCACCACAUCAUUCCAGAGGGUGCUGAGCCGUCCCUGCAUCUCCUCUACCAAACAUCACAUUACAACAUUCUCUACACCCAACCUCAACUCUGACCAACCGGGGACUCGAAAGGACUCGCCUCAACUCAGGAAUACUGACUUUGGUUGAAUAAAUCCGAACUGAGCUCCA